AUGUCUAGACCUCUUGUUUUUGUUACUGGCAAUGCCAAAAAAUUGGAAGAAGUCGUUACCAUUCUCGGUAAUAAUUUUCCUGCCAAGUUGGUUAGUCAAAGUGUAGACCUCCCAGAGCUACAAGGAGAAAUAGAGGAUAUUUGUAAGAAAAAAUGUUUAGAAGCAGCAAAAAUUGUUCAAGGACCUGUUUUGGUAGAAGAUACAUGUCUGUGUUUUAAUGCACUCGGUGGUUUACCUGGACCUUACAUAAAAUGGUUUUUGGAAAAAUUAGGACCGGAAGGAUUAUCAAAAUUAUUAACUGGGUGGGAAGAUAAAACUGCGACAGCAAUUUGCACCAUUGCCUACAGCAGUGGCGAUCAAAAUGAAGAUGUGAUAUUGUUUCAAGGACAAACAACAGGGAAAAUUGUUGAACCUAGGGGAACAAGAAUUUUCGGUUGGGAUCCAUGUUUUUUGCCUGAUGGCUACGAUCAAACUUAUGCAGAAAUGCCAAAGUCGGAAAAAAAUAAAAUUUCUCAUAGAACAAAGGCUGUUGAAAAAUUACGAACAUACUUUACUGAAAAAUUAAAUUUUUAA